GGUUGAGGGAAUUUACCAAGUUGGGAAAUUUACUUAACAGGAAGCAAAAUCACAGCAACCUCUGUCCAUGUGACAGAAAGUGACCCAGAUGGAGAGAGACCAUGCCAAAGUGAGGAGUAACUCUAAAGAAACGGAGAGAAUUGGCAGAGAGACUGACAGGCAGAUUUCGGAGAUUCUACAACUCAGUAACUCAACAGCAAGAGUGAGGCACUGGGCUCUUGGACCCCGGACAACGGAGGACGGCGUUUCAGAGGAAGUGCACUGAACUUCAAGAGGAGGAAAGUUCUCCUGGUAGAGAAGCAAACUUGAGCGGGAGAAGGACCAUCGAUUAGGUGGGGUGGUGGGGAGAGAGGAGAUAUUUACGUUGGUGGAGAACGGUGUCCGUCCCUGAGAAAUGGGACCAGAGCCCACGGCCACAGAGGGGUCCUGGGCCGAGGAAGUGCCAUCCACCCCGUGGUCCCUCCUGGGUCUCAGCACCACGGAUAGCGGGAACCUCUCAGCCGCCACCAACAGCACCCAGGACUGCCCGGUGAGCGCCGACUUCCAGUACAUCAUGUUCCCCGUAGUUUACAGUGUCGUCUUCGUGCUGGGCACGGCCGCCAACUCCGCCGCUCUCUGGUACUUCCUGCGGGCCAAGGAGGACUUCUCGCCCUCGGAUGUCUUCAUGGUCAACCUGGCCUGUGAUAGACCUGUCUUUGCGCUGACCCUGCCCUUCAGGGUGGUCUACCACGCCCUGGACAAUGACUGGAUCUUCGGCGAGUGGGGUUGCAAAAUCACGGGCUCGCUCUUCUUCCCAACCAUGUACGGCAGCACUCUCUUCCUCACCUGCAUCUGCGUGGACCGCUACAUCGCCGGUGGCGUACCCUCUGCGCUCACUGCAGCUGCGCCAGCCCCGCUACCGGCGCUGAUCUCCACUCUCAUCUGGCUGCUGCUCGCCGGCUGUCUCCUGUAUCUCACCCUCAAGGGGCCGCUGACCAGCAAGUUCCCCGACGGCCGGACGGCCUGCCUGGAGAACUUCUCUUCCAGGUCCUGGAGCGGGCGAAUCUCCGGCAUCAGCUUUGCGGCGGCCAUCCUCGGCUUCUUCCUGCCCUUGCUGGUGAUCACCGUGUGUUACCCGCUGAUCGCCCGCCGGCUGCUGGAGCCGGGCGCCGCCCCGCUCGGUGCAUGCCGUAAGAGGAGAGCCCUGCGCACCGUCCUCUUGGUUCUUGCCGUCUUCCUCAUCUGCUUCGUGCCCUACCACGUGAUCCAGCUGUUACACACCCUCCGCCGCAUCCAGCUGUGGUCCAGCUGCCACCUCAUCCGCUUCACCUACUCGGCGCGCCGGGUCACCAUGGCCCUGACCAGCAUCAACAGCUGCCUGGACCCGCUCAUCUACUCGCUGGGGCGCCACUCCUUCAGCCUCCGGGCGCUGUGCCCCAGGAGGGGCCAGCGGCUCGGCACCAGCCUCCAGAGCAGGGGCAAGGGGACAGAGGCGGGGCUGGAGCUGGGGCCGGGGGUCACUAACAACCCGGGCUGGCCCCCGGACCGGGCUCGUCAGUGCACAGGGUGAUCCCAGGGUGGCCGGAGUGUGCACAGGGUGAUCCCAGUCCGGACCCGUGAGUGCACAGGGUAAUCCAGGUGGGUCAUGUUUGAAUGGUGGGGGCCCAAACUGGGUGU